UGAACGUGUAUUUCUUUUGCAAAUUACAAUAUCCUGUUUACACAUUCUGGUUCGGGUUAUGUUUUAUUGGUUUUUAUGGGUUUCCGAGCAGUCCCUUCGUCUAAUUUUCUCUCCUUGUUCCAGUUCUAAUUCGUCGAUGUUCGUAAAACGAACUAGUAUUCGAUCGAUGCAUCUGCCACUGCAUGCUAACUGCUAAACAUUCCCUGAUAUUACUUACUUGAAGAAGAAGAAGAAGCACACUACUCAUUCCCUUCCUUUCACGAGUGUGUUGCUCUGACGGUGUUGGAAUUGGCUUAUGCUUAUCCUCUGGAUCAGGGCAUCGCGUAGGGAUGCCGGUAGCGAAGCCGGAAUCGUCAGAUGUCAGAAUCAUCGCUCACGUAGAUAUGGACUGCUUCUACGUUCAAGUUGAGCAACGGAAGCAGCCACAGUUAAGGGGUUUACCUACUGCUGUGGUUCAAUAUAACUCAUGGAAAGGUGGUGGUUUGAUUGCCGUUGGCUACGAGGCACGCAAAUUUGGUGUGAAGAGAUCGAUGCGAGGUGAUGAGGCAAAGAAAGUCUGCCCUCAAAUUCAGCUCGUUCAGGUUCCUGUGGCACGUGGUAAAGCAGACCUCAAGACAUACCGGGAUGCAGGUUCAGAGGUUGUUAGUGUUCUUUCAAAGAAGGGAAGGUGUGAGAGAGCAUCAAUUGAUGAAGUAUAUCUUGACCUUACCGAUGCUGCUGAAGCAAUGUUAAUUGAAACUCCUCCAGAGAGCAUGGAAUUUAUUGAUGUUGAGGCUCUUAAAUCACAUGUCCUAGGUCUUGAUCAAGAGGGACAAAGUGACAGCCUAGAAUGUGUAAGGAUGUGGCUUACGAAGUGCGAUGCAGAUUAUCGUGAUAAGCUGUUGGCUUGUGGGACUCUAAUUGUUGCUGAAUUAAGGAUGCAAGUGUUGAGAGAGACCAAGUUUACUUGUUCUGCUGGAAUUGCUCAUAACAAGAUGCUGGCAAAACUUGCGAGUGCCAUGAAUAAACCUGCCCAACAAACUGUUGUGCCUCUCUCCUGCGUGAAAGGAUUGCUUGAUUUGCUGCCAAUAAAAAAAAUGAAGCAACUAGGUGGGAAGCUUGGGAGUUCUUUAGAAAGUGACCUUGGUGUGAACACUGUUGGAGAUCUAUUGAAAUUUUCAGAGCAGAAGCUACAAGAAUGUUAUGGCAUCAAUACUGGUACUUGGUUAUGGAAUAUUGCUAGAGGAAUCAGUGGGGAAGAAGUAGAAUGUCGCCUUCUUCCCAAAAGCCAUGGUUCUGGGAAGAGUUUUCCUGGGCCCCAAGCUCUGAGGACAAUUUCUUCAGUUCAGCACUGGCUAACUGAACUUUCUGAAGAACUGAGCGAGCGUCUUUGUUCUGAUUUAGAUAAGAAUAGGCGGAUGGCUCACACCCUUACACUUCAUGCUAGUGCAUACAGGUUGAGUGACUCAGAUUCACAUAAAAAGUUCCCAUCCAAGUCUUGUCCCUUGAGAUAUGGUGCUGCUAAAAUUCAGGAGGAUGCACUAAACUUAUUUAAGGCUGCACUGCGGGAUUAUUUAGGUUCUUACAGAGCUAACACCCAGGGAGAUUCAAACAGUGGAUGGAGAAUAACUUCUCUUUCUGUCUCAGCAAGUAAAAUUAUGACCAUACCAUCUGGAACAUGUUCAAUUACAAAGUACCUGCAUGUCCAGCAUUCAUCUUGCACAUCAUCUGGGCAACCUCAGGAUAAUGAUAUACAAGAAACUGCUUUACAUCCAGGUUGUACGAAUUAUUCCAUGAUGAAUUCAAAUGAAGCUCAUGAUGAACGUACUGGAGAAACGAAGAUUGAGCUUGACUACAGUCAUUUAGGUUGUACAAAUUAUUCAGUUGACUCAAGUGAGGCUCUUGAUAAAUUCACUGGGGAAGAAAAAGAAGGGAAGGCUACAGAUAGAUGCAAUUUGGAUGAAGAGGAAGGUGGAAGGGGUUCAUGGAAAGAAGAAGUCAUGGAUACGUGUUCUUCUUCCAAAGAGUUAGAAAAAGAUGGUGUCAUCAUAGAAACAACUCAACUGCCCGUAGUCGUCGCAGAAAGUAAGUUCUGUUCAGGCUCAAGUAAAAGUGAGUUCCAAAUAAUUCCAAUAGAAGAGCAGAAGUCCAAGAACACAAGAAUUACUUCUUCGCUGUGUACUAAAAGGAACAAAUCAAAAGACAAGGGCACAGCUUCAAUCUUGAGAUUCUUUAAGCCUGAUCACUCUUCCACAUCAAGGAAUCAUGAAUUUGCUGAAAGCAUCCAAGAUAACUUGUCAUCUGCUGAUGGACACAGUAGUGAAUUAAGAUUGUCUGAUCAUGGUGAACAAGGAGGUGAAAGAUGGAAUUAUAAAGUUGACGAAAUUGACAUUUCGGUCAUUGAAGAGUUGCCGCCUGAAAUGCAGAAGGAAAUAUGGUCUUGGCUUAGGCCUCACAAGCGAUCCAAUACAGCAAAUCGGGGUUCCACCCUUGCUCAUUACUUUCUACCUUCCAAAAGUAGUUGACACUUGUGCUUUCUUUAGAUAUCAUAGUUGUAUAUGUGUACUAUCUCCGUAAUGAUUUGUGAAAGCUACAGAGCAGGAAUCCCUCAAAGGAUGGACAUUCUUAAGAUUGGUAAGUAUUUGUCUAAGACAAAUAUACUCGAGAGAGGAUAUUACUGUUAAAAAACUUAAAACCACUCCAUUGAUUAAGGUUAUAGAUCCAUUAAAAUUUAUGUAUGCAGUUGUAGGUGUUA